AUGCAGAUAAUUCAUGUCACGAGUGGUGAAUUCAAAUAUCGCGUUCACAACGUUAAGUUUACCAAUAAGGCAGUUCCCAAACCGGUCUUUGCAAAACAUGUCCAGUCUCAACAUCAGAUUGACGUAAUUGAUCUAAGAAAGGAUCCGGUCAAGAACAAAGGCAAGUUAUAUAAGAAAGUUUUAUCAGUGAAAGGUUUGAACCCCGGAGUCAUUACAAAAGGUUGAGUUUGAUCGUCCGGGUGAACGUAGUCCUGAAUAGGACUGUUGUUGUUGACAGUGACUGACGUUUCGACAACCUGUGCCGUAGUUAUCUUCAGAGUCAAAGUGAGUUGUAUCACGUCAGUUGAUGGUAUCAUACUCUGGUUAUUGAUCUGAUUGGCCAAUUAUGUCGCGAUGUUAUUAGUCGUCUGUCAGUUAAGUCGUGAUGUUAUUGGCUAUGAAGACUCGUAAUCAGUGAUUGGUGCGUUUCGAUCCGUCUAUUAUCACAGUUAAACAGUCGUCUAUUGUUAAUCAAAUUGCCAGUUCUCCAGUUGUUCUCUCGUAGUUAGUUUUGCUUGAUCUCGAGAUCAACUACAUCCUAUGGAAAAAAAGUCAAGCGACCAGGUUGUACGACUUUUGUGACCGAUAUAUGAUCAACACGGACCACCUGACCGCCUUCAAAGGGACCGAGGCCCAGGAUUUGAAGGAAAAGUGCUCUCUCUCUGGAAACACUUUAAAAUCAAAAUGAUAAAGUCAAGAACCUAUCAUUCACAAUUUCAGGGAAACGUGGAACGAUCACACAGGAGAUUAAGAAAAGAGAUCAAGUAUGAUUCCAUUAAACUGGGCAAGAAAGGGUUAAAUUGUGUGGCUAAUCUUGGUGCUUAUAGCCGUAUCCUAAACGACUAAAGCAAAGAAGAAUUGGGAUGGAAAAGCCCAUACGAAAUUUACUUUGGGCGGAAAUCAAAUACUUUGAUCCAAGCAUCCUUAGACAAAGAAGCUGAGCAGAAAUAGAUAAUUGCAUCACCAAAGCCCCCAGCCGAAAGGCAUACAAAUACCAUUCUAAUAACAGCAAGAAACGGCGGAAAAGAACAUAUCUCUCCACUAAGAGAUUGAAUUCCAGAAUGGUAAAGCGCUACGCUCGAGUUAAUAAUGCUCCAGCCUACAAAACUGACGAUAAGGUCUUGGUCCGCUACCGCCCACGACGGAGAGGAAGCAUUCCACCUAAAGGACACAUAAUUAUCGAAGGAACAAUCGUGAAGAAAAGUAAAAAUAAUCCAGCUUACAUGGUUAGAAUAAUGCUACCCAACGGAUCAGAGAUAGAAAUAGAUGAAUAG